AUGUUCGAAGUGAUGGUUUGGAUUUGUGCGACACAAAUGCUUGCGACAACGGCUUCUACAGCGGACGUACUGGAUCAUUUUGAAGAGCGAAUCGUCGGUGGAAUCCCGGUUAACAUCACCGACUUUCCGUAUCAAGUAUCGCUGCAACGUGAAAAGCAUUUUUGCGGGGGCUCUGUGCUGAAUGAUCGAUGGAUCUUGACGGCAGCACAUUGCACCAGUGGUAUUACCGAACCGACUAAACUGAAAAUUCGUGCUGGAUCGGCCCAUGUUCGCAGCGGGGGACGAGUGAUUAUCGUACGAGAUAUUUACUUUCAUCCACGCCACAACCGACAAAACCACUAUGAUUUUUCUCUACUGGAGCUAUCCGAGGGGCUCGAUAUGGGCGAAAGCAUUCAACCGAUUAAAUUACCAGCUUCAGAUGAUUCGUUUGCGGACGAGAUGCUCUGUGACGUAUCCGGAUGGGGCAACACGCAGAAUAUGAACGAAUCUUCACUCAUACUGAGAGCUGCCACUGUUCCAUUAUUCAACCAGGAAAAAUGUAGUACUAUCUACAAGGAUUAUGGCGGAGUUAAGAGUAGCAUGAUUUGUGCUGGUUUUGAACAAGGAGGAAAAGAUUCAUGCCAGGGCGAUUCAGGUGGUCCACUGGUGUGUGACGGAGUACUGGUUGGAGUUGUGUCCUGGGGAAAAGGAUGUGCUCAAGCUGGAUAUCCUGGUGUUUACGGUAGAGUCACUAGUGCUGUAGAUUGGAUUACUGAAACUAUGAAUGAAGUGGUUCACCUAAAAUAA